AUGAAUUGCACUUAUCAUAUUGGAAAUCAAAUAUAAAUGAUAUGUAUAUCUCCUCACAAGUGUUAAUAUUAAAGGAAACUGUGUAUUGAAUGUCAAUAUGAGCAUGAAGUGGAUAUCAAACAACAUACUGUUCUACUUAAAAAAUUUCAAGAAGCAGCCAUUAAAAAAUUAACAGAAGCUAUGUUUGAAGAGACGUCAGAAAUAACUAAUUUGAGAAUGAAAUUUAAAUCUAUUCUCUCUAAAAUUGAAGGUGAGUUGAAGAAAAUUUGGGAAGAGUUGUCAGAAUUUAUACAAAAAACAUACGAUUUAAUAGAAAUUGAAAACUAAUCAUAUAUGAAUCUUAAAAAUGAAAAUCUCAAUCCAGCAACCUUGCCAUAUGCUGAUUUAGAAAAACUAGUAUAAAUUAUAGAAGGAAAAAAUUAAAUGACUGGAUAGACUAGAAAAAUUCAUAUUUAAUUAGAAUAGAAAAGACUUAGAAUUGGUUGGACCAAGAAGUUAAUACUUUCAGCGAAAAGUUGA